AUGGGUAAGUCUGCGCCAAGGAUCCAAACCGGUGAACACUGGGCAGCCAAAUCGGACUGUGAACUUAAGCACCUGGCGACGGGGCCAGCCCCCUCUGUUUCUACUCAGAUUUAUGUCCUCAGAAUGUUCCAAGUCGAUAACUCCCAUUUGAUAGCAGCCCAAGUUUUUAAAGCAAAGGGCAGGACCUCUCAGUCCCCAGCCAGUGGGGGUGGCGGGCGUUGCCGUUGGAAGUGCUGGUCACAGGCUGCAGAGCCCCUAGCCCACAUUCUCCUCAGCCUCGGUGAUGUCACACUGGGACUUCUGCCUUCCACCCUGGGCUGUGGCUUGGGCGCUCAAUAUGUCUUCAACAGUCGCUGUCGACAUAGGGCUCCUGGAGCCAGUAUCGGCGAGGGCGCCUGUGGGCACUGGAGGUGCCGCCAUGCCGCUCUCUUGCGGGGUGGCAGACCUCAGGACCCACUUCCCUGGAUGCUCCUGAGCCUGUUCGCUGCCUUCAGUGUCGAGCUGCUGCUCGUCCUUAGUGGCCUCUUCUUUGCAUUCCCUUGCAGAUGGCUGGUCCAGAACAGGGAGUGGGUCGAUCCCGUUGUCACAGGCCCCCUCUUCAUCCUGACCUUCUUCAGUCUCGUUUCCCUCAAUGUGUCAGACCCUGGCAUCUUGCAUCAAGGCUCCAAUGAACUGGGCCCCAUGAUGGUGCCUGUGGUGUGGGUGAACCACAGGGCCUUCCGCCUGCAGUGGUGCCCAAGGUGCUGCUUCCACCACCCGCCCCGGACCCACCACUGCCCAUGGUGCAACAUUUGUGUGGAGGACUUUGACUACCACUGCAAGUGGGUGAACAACUGCGUCUGUCACUGCAAUUUCCGUGUCUUCAUGCUGUUGGUCCUGUCGCUAUGCCUAUACUCGGGCGCCAUGCUGGUCACCGUCCUGAUGUUCCCAGUGUACAGGACUCAGCUUCCCUUCUCUAUGGACGAGAUCGUCGCCAACGUCGUGGCCUUACCCGCCGCCGGCUUCCUGGAGUCUCUCUUCGUGCCGCUGCUCAUCAAGGCCAGGUCGGUGAGCGCGGCCGAGCGCUGCCACGAGGGCAAGUACCGGUACCUGCAUGUAAACAACCCUUUCGACCUUGGCUGUGCCAGAAACUAGUAUUUCACACUUUUUCUGCCGCAAGGACCCAGGUACAUGGCCGAAGCUGUCGGGCUGCAGAGAGUGGUGGGGCCAGACUGGGUGCCCAUGCAGACCCUGCACUGCUCGAUGGGCCCCUCCACACCCAGUCCCCUAGCCGUUCCUGGGCCAGGAUCUGGACCCCAGGUACAACCUCUGGGUCUCUACACACUGGGACAGGGUCCCCCAGGCAGCGGCGAUCCUGCACUCCUCCAGAAGCCCCCUCAAGGUCCUUCACCCACUGAUAAGAGGAAGGGUGUUAUCAGGGCCCAGCGAGAGGGCCUGCUCUCCACACCCAGGAAGCCCUGCCACCCUGCCUUCCCUUGGCCCACUACCAAGGAGUCACUCCCAACCCUGCAGGGCUGCCUGGUGGCCACGUCUGGAGCCCCUUUAAGAGGUCCCCAGCCUGUGCCUGGGGAGGGCUUGGACCUCUGA